AUGUCACUAUAUAAGAAAGAAAUAGAUCCAAUAUUUAAAACAUUAAAAAAUUUAUCUAAAGAUAAAACAAUUAAUACUACAGGGGCAGACAAAGGUCGAGCAGCUGUCAUUCUUGAUAAAUCAGAUUAUAUAAAGAAAAUGGAAUUGGUAUUGAACGAAUCUAAGACCUUUAAACAAUUAGAUGAGGACCCUACCAUCCAAAAAGAAGAUCAAUUACAGAGGAAAUUAUUAAAAUUAAAAAAUUUUGGUUUUUUAACAGAGAGUGAGUACAAAUUUGCUCGUCCUGUUGGAUCUCAACUCGGAAAAGCCUAUGGUCUUCCUAAGAUCCACAAACAAGGCGUUCCUUUGCGUCCAAUUAUCUCAGUAUGCAAUACAUUUAGCUACAAGUUAUCUAAAUUAUUAGCAAAGAAAUUAGAAUAUUUCCGAAUUAGCUCAACUAUUGUAACAGAUACAUUUAAAUUUGUUGAUGAACUGCAAAAUUUAGAAUUAAAUAAUACUAAAGUGAAAAUGGUGUCUUUUGAUAUCGUGUCUUUAUUUACACGAGUUCCACUUUCACGUACUAUUGAUCUUAUCUUAGACAAGAUGUAUGGACCAACACAUACAUGUUUAUUCAGUGAGAAAAAACGAAAUGAUUGGUGUAACAAAUGUCAACAGAGGUAUGAAUUAAAAUGGUUAUUAGAUAUUUCAACAAAAGAAUCCCAUUUUAUAUUCAACGGAAAAACUUAUUGUCAGAUGGAGAGAAUAGCAAUGGGUAGUCCUUUGGGACCCUUAUUUGCUGACAUUUAUAUAAAUUAUUUAGAAUCUAAAUUAAAACGUAGAUUAAAACAAAAUGGAGUAAUAUAUUGGAGACGAUUUGUGGAUGAUAGUUUCGUAUUAGUUGAUGAAAAUGCCAAUAUUAACAAGUUAUUAGAUAUUCUAAAUAGUUUUGAUACUGAUAUACAAUUUACAGUUGAAACAGAGAAAAACAACUCUCUCCUUUUUCUUGAUAUACUAAUAACUAGAACAGCUAAUAACCUCAAUAACACAGGUUUAAUUGAUUUACCUGUGAAAGCACUUCGCUCAUUUUUAAUACAAAUUCAAGAAUAUAUACCACUUAUUAAAGUUGACCAUUAUGAACAAUUUCUUAAUUUACUUAAGAAAGAAUAUCCAAGAGAUAAAUUGAAUAAUCAGAACCUAUUACGAUUUUUACCUAUUCUUUAUCCAUCAUCAACAGACCAGUUGUCAGAUUCUACUAAUUCUUUAACCUCAAUACAACCAACAGAUGGAAGAUUUAAAAAUAAUUUAAAAAAUUGGGCUAUAGAAAUAUCUAAUCUUAUAUCUGAGCAUGAAUCUGAAACUGAACAACAUUUAUGUCGAUGCUUAAUAGUUUAUCUGGAUUUACAAUCAAUUGAUCAAAAUAAUUUAGAAAAAAUUUGUCAUAUUUUUGAUAAGGCUAUCUCAGAUAAAUCUAUAAAAUUUUCAUCAGAAUAUUUUAAAUCGCUAUGUAAAUUACUUAAAGUAAACCAAGUACAAGAACUUUUUCUUGUCCUUGCUUUACAACAUUCAACACAUAACGAAUCUCAAAUAUUAGCUCGUGAACAUAUUUAA